CACAUUAUCGAUUUUUAUCUUAUCAUAAUAAAAACAAUAAUGCAUUUCAUAACAACAUAUCUCAUGAGCAUGUAUACAAUUUUUUCUUAACGAUUGUCUUUAUUAUAUUUGCAGAUGAGGAGGAGGAUGAGGAGGCUCUUUGACCUGGAGGGUGAUCGCUCACGGAGUAUCACCCCAGGUAGUGGUGCUGAUGAUCCACUACCAUCUCCGGAUGCAGAUGCUGGAUAUUCAUCACCCGGCCCCUCUGAUGCAGCACCAGAACCAUCCCCCGACGCAGGUGCUACUUGGACCCCGACAUAUCCAUCAUAUACAUUCCAUACUGACUUGCGGCCAAAGACCCAGGACUUUCUCAGUUUACCUUUACCUCCGGACUCUCAUAAGUCCAAGGCUGAAUCAAGGAAGUACCACCCACGUGCUGCGAGAAGGUGCUAA